GAAAAAUCUCACGGAGAAUGAAAUGUAAUCUUAAACUUAUUCAGGGCCUGGAGAAGAAUGAAUAAGGACAGCGGCGAACGUGAGAACAAGCAGUUCAGAGAAGAUGACGAAGAGGAGACCGUCAAGCACAAGGAGCUCAAACUGCGAAACUACGAGCCCGAAGAUGAGGAGCUGAAGAAGAGGAAGGUGCCCCAGGCCAAGCCGGCCUCAGUGGAAGACAAGGUGAAGGACCAGUUGGAGGCUGCCAAGCCGGAGCCCAUCAUCGACGAGGUGGAUCUGGCAAACCUGGCCCCCAGGAAGCCAGACUGGGAUUUGAAGCGAGAUGUAGCCAAGAAACUGGAGAAGCUGGAGAAGAGGACGCAGAGAGCCAUCGCUGAAUUGAUACGAGAGCGGUUGAAAGGGCAGGAGGAGGAGCUGGCGUCUGCUGUCGGGUCAGCAAAGCAGGAGGGAAGUGACUCCGACUGAGGAGGUCCAGCCGGCAGCCUCGGGCAUGGGCUCUGUGGAUCUGCCUCUGCCAGCACCGCUGAUCCCAUUGCUCUCGGGCAGAGGCACCUCGUUGGGACACGCUGCUCACCAACGCUUUGCUAGAAGCCCUUGAAUCCUACCAUGCCUGAAGAAGAGGGGCAGAUCCGAGGAGCCCCGCUGUCCUCUCUCGGACCAUGGCUGUUCCUCCAUCGAGGAACACUUCACAGAUAGCUUUUUGGGACCACGGGGGGCCGAUGGGAUCAGGACAGACACCCACGUUAGCUUGAACCUAGGCUGCUAGGUCUUGGAGCAAGGAAGGUGUGGGCAAAAGGGCUAGUGCCAGAGAAGGUAAAUUGGGGCUAACUCUCCUCUCACUUGAUGGGUGAGCGGGAAGAUGCCCACACAGCCAAGAGCAGCCCUUGGAGAGGCACGACCAUUUCCCAGGGGACUGAUGCUCCUGUUCCUGCACAGAGAUGCCUUUUUCAAGGUGCUCCUUUCUGCAGAAGAGCUGGUGUAACUGCCACGUGGGGAACAACGAGGUCUCUCGCUCUGGAGAGCUGGCUGUGAGUAUUUGGGAACAUCCAUGGUCAGACCCAGCACGUGCAGAAUAACUCCGCUGGAAGUGGCUGUGUGGCUCAGGACCUGUUGGCUGCUCUGCAUCCAGCUGAGGUUAACGUGGGGUUUGUUCUGUUCCCUGAAGCUUCCCAACCCUCUGGGCUGUGCAGCGUGUCCCACUCCUUUAUAUGUUUUGUAAUUGACAGAGUUUGUUGUUAACAAAUCUUUUCAUAAUAAAACGG